GAAAACCAGUAUCUUUCCUGAGACUGCGUGGCACAUUUGGGUUAUGUGAGGAGAGAGAAAGACCUCUCGCACUGUUUGUUCACUGGAGUCAUGCGAGCCCUAUUCCUGUCCCCAUGCUUCUCCUCUCUCCUCUCUCCAUGCCGUCCUACUCUCACUCUUAACAAAACCCCAACUUCAAAUGCUUCUUCUUCUCAUUUACUCUCUCUGGUAAGAGCUGAAACCUGCCUCUAUGGUUCGCCUGUAUGCGCUACUGGCCGGAAAGUUGCUUCAAUUGAAGAGAAGAGAGAAAAAGAAUAUGAAGAAGAAGAGGAAGAUGAAGAAGAAGAGGGAGAAUGGGUGCCUUUUGGAGAGAUGAGGAAAUGGAUGCGUAAUAAACCUUCUGGCUUUGGACAAGGUAAGAACUACGAUACCAGUCUCGAGGAUCGACUGCUUGGAGAGAUGGAACAGAGCAGACAGGCACAAUUAGCCAAUAUUGAAAACCUCAAACGCAACCCAAUUCCGCCCCCUGGUAAAGAAACUCAACUUCAACACAGUGAGAAGAAACAAGAAAUAAUCCAAGGAAGUGUACAAGUGCGUGUUGGGAACCUUCCAAAAAAGAAGAACAUUCAUAGAGAUCUGCAAUCAGCUUUUAAAGGAUUUCCAGGGCUCCUUCAUAUCAGCCCAGCAGUUUCUGGAAAUAAAAAGACAAGGGACCCUGUUUGCAAGGGAUUUGCCGUUCUUGAUCUACAAUCAGAGGAGGCAGCGAAGAGAUUUGUGGAGAAACACUCAGGGCAAAUCAUCAACUUUGGCAAGGUUCAAAAACAAAUAUCUUGUGAUAUUACAAAUCCAAUGCAUUAUGAAACAGCUGAUGGAGACUCAGGGAACUUCAGUCCUUGCCUCCCUGUCUUGCAUACAGGAACAAAUAAUACUGCACAAGAUAGUAAUAAUAUCCUUUCUUCCAUGGAAGAACAAGAGGGAACCUAUGCUGAUGAAUCUGAUGCAAUGGAACCAAAUGGGAGCACUUCAAAUGGCGCAAAGGACCUAGAAGAUACAAGCCCAAGUAAAGCCCUACAUGUCAAAAACUGUGAGCCGGAUGACAAGGGCAUCAAACUGCUUUCUAGUUCAUUGGCAUCAAAGCAAGUUCAGAAAAGACAGGUGCAACAGAAGAAGAAACAGCAGGUGAAAAAGAAGCCAGAAGGGCUUCAGAAACAGAGAUUGGUUCUGGGGUCUGCAAACAGGCUGAAGAUCAAGGAGAGGGUAGUUCUGACAGAGGUUUUCUCGAAGUAUGCAGCAAGCAUUGUUUCGACUGAGGGGCCACAAGAAUCAUGAUUGGACUUCAUUACUCAGGGAAAUCUUCAAAGGGCUUUCCCUUUCCAAAUAGGGAGUAACCAGCGAAUAAUUAGAACACUGCUUUAUUUUACCAACUGGUAUUCUGAGAUGGAUCAAUAGAUUAUUUGUUGGGAUUUCUGUAAUGUUUUCUUGAAGAAUUAAAGAGUAAAUGAAAGUCUAUGAAAUGUUCAAAAUCCUUCAUUUGGCUAACAGGAAAGAUUGUGCACGAUGUCCCUGUUUGGCUGUUUGUAGUCAAAUGUUGAUUAGCCAGAAAGAGCUCCCAGGAGUCUUAAUUAAGUAAAGAAAUGUUGCUUGAUAAUUCUUGCAGUUAACUUGCUAGACAUGUUUCACAGAUGACUAGAUACUGAUAACACACCAUCAAUGUUACAGUAACUUGAGGGGGGAGAAGUGGAGGAGGGAGCCAUGCCCUGCCUCUGUCAACUAGUUAUCCGUAGCUGAAAGAAAUUGAGGGCAUUGCGUCAAGGCUUCCAAGGCCUAUGCGCCCUUAAAGAAUUGUACAUUGUGAGUAUGGCAGAUGACUUUGUUAUGCCACUAGAGACUGCAGAUGGUGAAGACCGUUCCAAAGUGCAACACAUCCCUGAAGUUUGGAUCAGUGGGAAACAAAUGAACAAAUGAUUUUUCGCUCUCUAGGAAAGUUCGGACUUAAGAAAUAGGCUAUGUUUGAGGCCACAAUCUCUCUGGUCCAUGGCCUAAUUCCUGUGUUUUGAUAUCAGCUCGAUGUUUUAUUCUAACUAGGAUACUUACUUUUUUUCUUUUAUUUCUUUUACUUUUGUUGACUUAGUUGGGAUUCUGCUAGUUCACCAUGCAGUGUAGUCAUAAGAGCAACAAAUAUUUAUUGAGGAAUUUAUUUCUAGAUCA